ACUCCAUGAGUAUGAAGUAGUAAUACGAAAGGAACGACUUAUUUUUUCUCUACAAAAAAAUUAAUUCUCAAAUUAAUCUCGAUCGUAUUUGAUAUAGAAUUAUUAAAAUACGUUUUUCCUAAAUCUACAAAUCAAAAAAGACGCCAAAAUUAAGACAAGCCAACUUAAAGCGAGUCAAGGAAAUACCAUAACCACAGUCCUAAAUAAAACGACGGUAGAUAUAUUCUAUGGACUUGAGGGGACGUUUAAUUUCUAAAACUUCAAAACAAUGGUUCAAGCUGUUACAUGCUAAAGUUAUUAUCAGUAAGUCAGUUGACCCGUACUUCAACUUGGCUCUCGAAGACUUUCUCUACUCCAACAGCAAAUCUCCUAGGUCUUUAAUUCUAUAUACAAAUACUCCCAGUGUAAUUAUUGGGAGAAAUCAGAACCCUUGGGUGGAAGCCAAUGUGAGGAAAUGCAGAAGUAAUUUGGUCAACAUUAUUCGCCGGAAGUCUGGAGGUGGUACUGUAUUUCAUGAUUUAGGAAACGUAAAUUAUAGUCUCUUGACAAAUCGAAACGAAUUCUCUCAUACAAAAGGUGCUGAAUUGAUAGUUAAGGCUCUUGAAAAACUAAACGUUGAAGCAGAACUAAAUCAGCGGCAUGAUAUUGUCUUAAAGGAUACAAAACAGAAAAUAAGUGGAUCUGCUUACAAAAUUAGCAAAGGGAAAUCUUACCAUCACGGGACGAUGCUACUGAAUUCAGAUUUAAAAGGAAUUAGCAGUUAUUUGAGAAGCACAACAAAGGGAAUUAUCUCCAAAGGAGUUACAAGUACUCGAUCGGAUGUUGCAAACGUAAACCUCUCUCAAGUGGACUUUCUGAGAGAAGCAAUGUUAAGCUUUUUACAAUAUGACGAUGCUCGGCAUGUUUCAGGAACUAAUCCCGAUACUUCUAUAGAUGAUCAAAAGACUGCUGAUCUUUCUUCUCGUGAUAACGUCGUAUUUGUGGAUUCAAAUGAUCUUGCUGGCGUGCCACAUGUAAUGCAAACCAUGCAAGAGCUCAAAUCAUGGAAUUGGACUUUUGGGCAAACUCCAUUCUUUAAGCAACUUAUAACUACGAACAAUUUACCUAUUGGAAAUCACCAGAUUGAACUCGAUAUAUCUAUACGACAUGGUAUAAUUGAAAACUUCAAUUUCACGAGUUCAAAUGACCGACUUCAACAAGAAAUAAUGAAUUAUCCUUGGAAAGGGAUGGCAUAUGAACUGGGGUUCAUCAAUUCUUUUAUGUUAAACAGCGUUCCUAGUUCAGAAGCAUUAAUUGUUCUCGAUUGGAUAUCUAAAAAUAUUUAACCUAACAGUGAAAUACUAUUCUCCCAAAUUUUAUCCGCUAAGUCUUCAAGACUUAUACCUUUUAUCUUGGCUAUAGCCUCUGCAACGAUUAAAGUAUUGCAUGGUUCGUUCCUACCCCUAACCAUGCAUCCCUCCUUAAAUCUCUCUUUUUUACAUGUAUCAAAAAGGUUCUUAGAGUCCAAGAAAGCAUGGCCAGCAUGCGAUGGACGAAUUUCGCACCAAGGGGCAUCUAGAAAAUCUAAUUAGAAUACUUUUCCACGUUUAACAGUUAAUUCCAUAAUAGACAUACCCGUUUCUAACAACAUCUUAUCCAAAGGAAUUGCUCUUACUACCUCAACAUUUUCAGGAGUCUUUAAUGAGCAACCAUUAACUCCAACGUAGAGACCGUGAUCAAUACAUUGUUGCAUCUCUUCAAUUGUACCAG